CUCUCCUCUAGCCUCCUCCUCUGCAGUGCACUUGCAGCUGAGCAGCACUCCGGACAGGACGGUCUUCUCCUCCUCCUCUUCUUCUUCUUCUUCUUCUUCAUCUCUGUGUGUGUUGUUGGUGAGGUAGUGUGUGGUGGUGCUGAGGGGUGCACCGACAGUCGCAUCUGACUCCAGCCCAGAGGUCCUGGAAAGACGCGUGAUGGUGCGGACUCAUUGAUAAAAUCCGUGCCGCUGGAAUUAAAAUGAGCACUCCCGCUGAGCGGCUCUCCUCCUCCUCCUCCUCCUCCUCCUCCUCAUAGCGCUGCCUUCUCUGCACAAGAUCUGUUUUAUGUGACUCCAGCAGGCGACGCAGGAUGACUACUACCUUAUCGCUGGUGAUUUUGUGCGCUUGGGUGGCGUUAGUGUUGGCGUCUAAGACAGAGCGAGCGGUGCAGGUCCCCUGUGACUCCGGCCAGUACACCAGAAGUGGAGAAUGCUGCCAGGAGUGUCCACCUGGAGAAGGAGUGGUGAAGGAAUGCGGCGCUACGCAGACAGUUUGUGCCCAGUGUUCGGACAGUGAGACCUUCUCAGAGAACUACAGUCUCACAGAGAAAUGCAGCCCCUGCACUCAGUGUACCGGUCUGAUGCGGAUGGAGACACCCUGCACCGACUCCAACGACGCCAUCUGCGUCUGCAACUACAACUAUUUCUUUGACAGGAAAUCAGACCAUUGUGAGCCAUGUACGGUGUGCCCGGCAGGCCAGGGUGUGUUUGCACACUGCGAACACGAUCACGACACGGUGUGUGAGGAGUGCGUGGACGAUACCUUCUCCGACCGGGAAAGCUCCCUCGACCCCUGCUUACCCUGCACCAUCUGUGAUGAAGACACUGAGAUAGAGAUGGCUGUGUGCACACCAACCAGUGACUCUGUCUGUCACAAUCCUCUCCUCCCAACAUAUUUUACUCCCACCUCCGAUAUGGGUCUGUCUCCACCCUCCAUCACCAAUUACUUGCUCCCUGACGCCUCCGACAGCCUGUUGCCAGGAGGAGAGACGACCACAUCCAGUGCUGGAUCUCCUCGCUUCCUCGGACACGGUCUCAACGAAAACCUCAUUCCUAUCUACUGCUCCAUCCUUGCCGCCGUGGUGGUCGGCCUGGUCGCAUACAUUGUUUUUAAGAGGUGGAAUAGCUGCAAACAGAACAAGCAGGCAGCUAAUAACCGUGCGGCUACAAACAACCAGAUGGUGACGCCGGAGGGAGAGAAGCUGCACAGCGACAGUGGCAUCUCAGUGGACAGUCAGAGUCUGCAGGAACAGCAGCAGCAGCAGCAGCAGCAGCAGCAGCAGGCCCAGGCUGAAGUCCAGGCUCAGCCAUCACACUCUCACACACAGGAACAGAUAGUGGUGAGGGUGGAUGGCGGUCCCCAGCCUGACACGCCUCCCCCUGAAGUCUGAGGAAGAGGAGGAGGAAGAAGAGGAGGCGUCAUAGCUGAAGGCUGGGAGAGUAGAGUGGGGACUUGAACUGAGGACCAAGCAGGGGGGCCACAUGGGAAUGUAAAACUGACUCAGAUUUAUAUGUGAAGUGGCCACAGAGCAAAGACUUGACUUGUAUGGACCUCCCAGCACCUUUGGGCCACAGUUUGACUCUUCAUCCCCGCAUAUAGAGUCCAACUCUAUCAGUGUGCCUGGACACGACCUCUACGGCAAUAUCAACCACUAUCUGUACCAAUGUCACUGCAGAUACAUAAUCAUAGAUAUAUGCCAGUGCAUCUCAUAUUAACUGACUAUUCCAGUAUCUAAUAUUGACAUAAUUCUCAUUAACUGCCAACUUAGUAUCCUCUGCCCCUUUCUAAGCUUUCCAUUUUCCCUCUAAUUCCACAAUCACUAGCCAUUAAACGUAUGUGCCUGAAAGGUAAAUAGGCAGCGAGGUUCUCCAUUAUCUCCGCUUUCUUUUUCCUCGCGCAUCAAAGAGACCUUUCUACUCUCACAUCUUCCUCUGUGGCGUCCCACUCUCUGUAAUCCUUUGUCUCUCUCCGUAGGAUUCACUCUAUUAGACCCCCGCCGUUAUCAGCGAUACAAAAAGCAGCUGGGGAGCCGUGAGUCACUCCCAACUUCAUCUGAAGUUUCUUGUUCUUUUAUCAUUAUUCACAGAAACAUUUCAUGGCAUGUUCUCUUAUAAAAUGUGCGUCAUUGUUUGAGACUAGAUGCACCGACUGAUGCAAGUGACUCAUAUUUGGGAAGAAAGGUCAAUUGCUGUGUAGCCCGCCCGGUAAUCAACUAUUUUUCUUCCUGUACUCUGCAGUCUCCAUCCCCUCGCUCACAUAGACCCCUUCACUGCGCCUCCAGGGAUUGUGUUUCAGUAAUUUCAUGCUUAUAAUGUAACACAUCAAAAUGUUUGUCUCCUGUUUGUGGUGCAUUACUUUCAUUUUGUGGCUUGAGUUACAUGGCUGAUUCAGCAGGGUGCCUUCACGGUCCUUUAUGGAGCCUGGAUGUGCAACAUGAGAGAAACAUCUUUAGACUGUGGAGCUCUGCUGACUCACUGUGAUGAGUUGACAUGUCUUAGGGGAAGCAAAGCCUUCUGAUGAGCAAAAAAGGAGCUGUGGCGUCAUCAGUGACCCAGUAUACUGAGCUGCUCAUUAAACAGAUGCUUAAAUGAAUUUUGUACAGAACAAAUUUGUGGAAAGGAAUCCCAUCUGUCAUUCUUUACACUUACUGAGUGGAAAAUUGGGAUACCCCUCAGAGGCAAGGUUUUUUCACUAUCCUCAGCUGACUGACACCGCCAGCCUUCACACACUCUCACAGUCUUGCAUGCAGCUCUGUCUGUGUGAUAGAGCCUGAUGAACAGGGUUGAGGCGCUUAUGUACAAGCGGUGGCGCUCACGUCAACGUUGGGCCCAUUAGAGAGAAGUCCUGACAGGCAGGUAGUAAUUACCUCAGGGUUUCAGCUUCAUUUACCCUCUACUCCACUUGGCUCAGCCACUUCUCAUCGGGAUUAAUGCUGCGGACAACAGAGGGGCGACAUGGCUUUCUUUGAAUCCUCAACAUGACAUUACAGACCCCUUAUCCAAGUCCGAGGCCACUGACAUUUACUAUAUCGCCAUGGUGAUAUAAAAGCACUUAGCAGCAAGGCUAGGUGGCACCUCUUUAUCACACAGGACCACUUUUGUGUUGGUCCCCUGCUGCUUGCAGUAACUGUAAAGGCAGUCAACAUAGAUAUCUUGAAAAAGAAGUAUAUCAGAGCUGAGCUUGACUGCACUGCUUUAGUAUUCAUUCCUACAGGGGCAUGUACUUUCUCAGGGUCCCUCUUGUUGUGGUAUGACUAAAAAUUAUCAUGAGAUCUGUAGAGCAUUUCUGUAAACAAUCUGUAGAUGUAUGAUAGAGUAGGUAGGUAGACAGGUACAGAUAUAAAGCAGCUGUUCUGUUGAAAAAUUAAAAUGUAGAAAGAUACGGGUUGAUAUGCAUAUUAACUAAUUCCAACAUGAUUCAGACACUGGUGGAUUUAAAAGAAAUAGUUUGACAUCUUGGGAAAAUAUGUUUAUCACUUCUUGCAGAGACUUAGAUGAGAAGAUCAAUACCACACUCAUGUCUGUACAGUAGAUAUAAUGCUACUGCCAGCAGCACGACACAACACAUUGGGGUUUUUACAGGUUGGACUAUAAUCCCUGGACAAGUGGUAUCAAUCUUCUUGUGUAACUCCUGCAAAUAAAGCCAAGAAGUGUAAAACCUAUUACUUUACAGGAGAAAUAAGAUGUGUUUACUUAUUAGCAGAGACUGUUGAGUUUAGUGCGCAAUAGAUAGAUAAGAAAUGUCAGGCAGAAAGUGAGUCAUUAUAUCCUGUGUGAUGCUGCAUGGAUCGGUCACAUGGUCACCAACAUCGCAAGACAAUUAAACUUUCUGGUAUCAUCACUUGUGAUUCAUCCUGUAUCAUGGCAGCGUUAUGAAUGGAAACAAAUAAAAUGCUGCUGUAUUUUUGCUCACAGCUCCUUAGUUGAUGUGGGCAUGUGAUGUGGACAUGUGACCACACACACAGAGCAACAGUGUAUGAUUCACUCCUCUAUUGAGAGAGCCGGCAUGAAUCAUCCUGAUCCUAGCUGUGGCAGUGACAUUAAAGCAGACGCUGCUACAGUAUGAGUGACCAGAGUGUUGAUUUAAAGGAAAAAAAAAAACAUACUCCUCGACUCUGUCUCCCCCUGAGGCCCAAUCAGCCCUCCAGCAGUGCACUCAUCUACCCUGAACUAACUUAUUCUCUUUCUCCCUAGCAGCUUGUGAAGUGAGACACACAAUGUAAGAAUGUACAACCCGAAUAUAACAGAAAUAUGCAAGACACAUUCAAGGAUAAGGUUUAAAUUUCCCCUCAUUCUGUUUGUCGUAAAUUGUUUUUGUCUUUACAUUUUCCUGUUGGUUUAUAUUAUGAAUAGUAUUACACUUUUGAAAUCAGUAUUUUUUCUAACUGAUAUGUUAUUUUGUAGCACUUAUUAGAUGUUAUAUGAAUGCACUCAAAGAGUGUACCACAGUUCAAGUGCCUGUAUACAGUGUCAGGUGUCUUUAAGUUCAGAUCUUUGACUCUAUUUUGUUUGCAGUUUUUCCACUUAUUUUAUGAUUUUAUGUGCAUUUUUUUGAUAUUUUGAGAGCUAAUGAAGGUUUUUAGUAAACAGAAGUCAGAGCUAUCAAUUAACCUUGGAGACUCAAGCAAACUGUAUAAACCUGGCACUAAAAUAGAGAGACUUACAGUACAAAUAGGUUGCCAAUGAACUUAUACUGUAUGUUAACAUGCUAUAAAUACUGGCAACUAGUAGGGUCAUGUAGCAUUACAAAAACAUAUACAUGUCACCUAAGACUUCUACUCUAAAACUCACAUAUGCUAUUAGUUGAUAGAAAUCAGCUUUACUGUGCAGAGGUUUUGCAUGUACAGUAAGUUUCAUUGUGUAUCUCCAUUUCAGAGGCGACGGGACAUGUAAUAUGCCGUAACAUGAAAUCUAUAGGGGGGUUCACUGUGAUAUUAUUACAAACUUGAUACAGAUAGAUCAGGACCUGCUCCCGAAAAUGCUGAAUGUCACCUGUACUUACCUACUAAUGUUAAAUGCAUUGUGUAAAUGUGAAUUUCUUAGAGUUGAUACACGAUACAAAAAUACACUAUAAAAUGUAAAAAAAAAUAAAAAUAAAAAUAAAAAUGUGUGCAAAUGAAAUGAGCAUCUAUAAUACAAUAAACAGAGAU